AUGGAUCCACAUCUUUUGCAAAUACGGGCUAUGAUAGUUGAUCAUGAUCAUCCUUAUUGUCAACCGUCUUAUCUUGACCCUAUUUCUACUUGUUGCAUCGAACCUAAAGUCAAGAAUGAGCCGGAUUCCACCGCCAUUGAUAUUAUUGGAGACGAAAAUGAUUCUCUUACUAAGUCGAAUUCUCCUUCCUCAGAAGAUUCUCGGCUUUUCGAUUUUUGCAGAUCUGAUCCUAUUCCGGAAGCAGAUGAUAUGGAAGCUUCGAUUACCUUUCCUUCUACUAGCGUCGUUUGGAACCUUACUGUUAAUAAGCCUCUCCGAAAGUUGCGAAAAUUUCUCAAAAUAGUUAAUUAUGAGGAUUCUAUUCAUUCUCAGAAGUCGGGGCAUAUUUUUGAUGAAUUUCGUCGACACUCUCGUAAUGAAUUGGUUACGAAGCGCAUUGCUCGAAAUAUUAGAAAUACAUUUGCUGAUUUCAAUUGGAGAAUUGAUUCCUGUGCAGAACUUCAUGAGAGACUAUUGAAUACUCUCCCAACAGAUCUUCUUUUUUAUUACCUUCGAGGAUAUGUUAUUUUAAUGGGCAAAACACGAAUCACGGCUCUUAUGCGUCGCUUGAAUAAACAGGUCACUUCCAAUCGAAAGGUUAUAAGAUUCGAUUACUCAAGUUUCCUUGACUACGUUUUGACACUUCCCCCUGAUGGUCUCGGAUAUCGUCCAGCUCGUAGGACUUCUGAAAAUAUGGAAUGUGAUAAUGAAUCCUCGAGAGACUCCUACUCUCCCAUAACCUUUAUCCCAUCGGAUGUGAUUUUCCCUCCAAACGUCACCAAUCCAAGACCUAUCGUCUCGGGACGUUCCUCUUCCUUGACUGAUAGGGCCGCAUUUAUCUGUGUUCUCCCCAAAAAUGCCAUCAAGAGUUCUCGACUCAAAAUUCUUCUUCGCAGUCUCUCCAAGUUGGGACACUUGGUGUCUAUGACAAUGGCUGUGGAUGAUAAUCCUGCCUUCCAUGUACGCAGGAUCGGUAAAUCAUUCAGAUCUCUGUUAAACGAUAGUCGCUCGAUGCCAAUCUAUUUAAUUGGAUUUGGGGCAACUUGCUCUGCAGUUCUUUGUGCAGCAACUGAUGAAACCUGUGUUAGAUCCUCUGAAGAUAUUCGCCUACACGAUAUAAUUUGUGGCAGAUCCAAAACUGAUGAGGUCUCUGCUCCUACCCGACCAUGGUUAGCUGCUUUGAUUCUUAUUGCUCCACCCCAGGAUGCUUUCUUGCCUGAAAAUAUUCCCCACUUUGAGCAGAUACCCACUCACUUCUCCCUUCUUGUGGUAGUCGGGGCUAGAUUUAGGAAGGAGGCAAAUACAUUUCGAGAGACCUUCAUUAGAACCCGACAGCAAACUGCGCUGGGACAUAACACUACUGCCACACCCUUUGUUUCUGAUCUACGGAUGCUCAUUAUUGGGGGCGCUGAUAGUUUACUUAGAAUGCAUCCAGCUACGUUGGAGAGAUUCGCUACUACUCAGGCGGCGAUUGAUCAAGCUAUCGUGGCUGCUGUAAAAAAUCUGACGUUAGUGUGUCAGAAUCUAGUGAAAACUAUAUCGAUUCCCGUCCAAGCAGAACUUAUGACUGCCAGUGGGCUUGAUAGCAACACCAGCGGCGGGGUAUCUAGUAUUCGCAACGGAUCAGGUCUUCCCACUGUCUUUCUCACUGGUCCCAAUAGCAAUCGAAGGCCUCAUCAAUCACAAACUGCGGCCCUCGAGGGAAUGCUGCCACGGCGUGGACGUGCUCUUGAAUCGAGCCAGUAUUCUCGAAGAGCUUCAAUUCUAAGAGGUGGAAUGCAACAACGUUCAACAGCAGGUCUGAGUGGCUAUGUGGAUCGUUUUUCUUCCACUUAUCAGAGGCGUGGUAAUCCCCCUGUCAUCUCCAGACAAUCACCCCACAUGAUUCCUCGAGAUAGGACUCCUUAUGGUCCUCAAAGUGUAGGUGGAAACUCCAUGAUUCGUUUCACCAACGGCGGAAAUCGUGUUAGAUUUAGUGGCGCCCAACCAAUGCAACGCCCCAGCGUGUACCCUGCAACCUACGGGGGUCGAGUACCUUCACGCUUUAAUGGUGGAGAAGUGCCUUCGGGACUUUCUCCACAACUCCGUCCCCCUUCAUUGGCCAACAAUCCAAGGAAUGCUGGCAGCAGUGGGAACGACGAUAGCUCCCAAUUUUUGUUCGAUAGAUUCCGGGCUCUAGUUUGGUUUAAUUAUUUUGCUGGGCACAUUUUCAUUAAUAUUGAUUUUAGUGCAAAAGUUGGUGCAAUCACCACAUUUCACUUCAACAAACGCCGAGGCUGGAAUAUGAAUAUAACAAAAACUAUUCCGACACUUAUCGAUUCUGAUAUAAGCUUUUCUGAUCCUGAAAUCGAUAAAGCGGCAGAAAUAUUUGCUAGUAUAUGCGAGCUAAUAUUUCGUAGGGGGCAAGUAGCACGUUCACCAACUCUCAGUGGAUGUAGUACACCUUGUAUCGGAUUCACUAUUUCCACAGAGUUCAAAGAUAGUUCAGAAAAGCCGGAAGAAGCUUCUCUUCACAUCGAACUCAAACGGAUAGGCUAUACUGGAAAUCCUAUUAUUAUCGAGUUUUUACUUCUUCCAACUGCAGAAAUUGGAGACUAUGGGUGGUCUUCUGUUGGUAAACACAUUCCGGCCUACUUGGUUGAACAAUGGAUGAUUCAGUUCCUUCCCAAAAGACUCGUUACUGAGGAUAUUUCUGAUAUUUCUACACUAUUCGAUGACAUCAAAUCAUAUUGUGAUACCUCCUUGGUUAAUAAGUUACUUUUUAAAUCCGAAAAAACAUUCGAUUCUCCCUGUUGUGUCUGCAGACUUACAAAUAUCUGGGGAGCAAAUUUAUUUUCAUCUUGUUGGUUCAUUUUAAAUACGACUGAUUUAAGCUUUGAGAUACCUAAGAUCGGCAACACACACUUUGGUUUCAAACUCAUCAGAGAUCUCUCCGAUAAUUUUGCAAACUCUGAAGGUGUUCACACUACGACUCGUACCAAAUGCCCGAGGAGAAACUACCUCUGCAAUAACCCUUGCUCACAUAUUCAUCGAAAGGAUACUGCAGGCAUCUGUGUUUCUAAAUCCCUCAGUAGAAUUCUAGCAGGCACUAGAGAAGUGCUUGAUACCAUGGUAACCUCUGUUGUGGAGAUGCCUAUAAUUCCCCCAAGUGAUAAUCUCUUUGAUUCACUUCGAUAUCUUCAUAAUGGUGCUAUGAGUCUUCCCUCAAAACGCUGUAAUGAUGCCCUGUUAUCUAACAUCUAUGUUAAUACUUCCUGUGAUGAUGCCAUCAAAUACAAUAAAGUGCCCAAAAGUCCUUUUGUGAUCAUGUCGCAAUGGUUACAAUCCGCUCCAUCAACAUCCUCGUCUUUCUCUGAAUCUACACCCUGUAAAUUGAAGCGCUUACAACAGUUUACAGGCCAGCAACCUCAAGUUAAAUCAGGCCAGAACCAAGGAACUAAACCCCAAGUGGAGGAAUGCAUUACCCAAUUCACCUCAUUGAGUGUGCAGCAAAAAUACAGAUCUGCGAACAAAGCUUUCACUGCGCACCUGCCGGAUUCUGUUGCCGACGCAACACCGAAUGCGGACAUAUCUGAAAAGUGCCAUUUUCCACUUAUUCGCAAAGCCAAAUAUUCGAACAGUUUCACCGAAGUCUUUUCCUCUCAUUCAGCGUCUUUCAAUAAAAAAACGGGCCUGCCUCUGCAAUCUUCCCCUGUACCGGGAAAACAGAAGAAUUCAACUUCCUUUGAUUUUGAUCCCUCUCUAGUUAAUCCAUGUGGUGCUAAUGGAAAUGGGACAACCUCUUCAUUUAAAACGUUGAGGCCGACAACAUUGGCAUUAAAGCGCCGACCAUCUUCCAAAAGAGGUCGAACAUUCAGUGCAUCCGCUACUUUCGGUGGCGGAAACAGUGGUGGUGGAAUUUCCUUCCCUGGAACUCCUCUUCCCCCGCCUUCCUUCAGUCAACUUCUUAUUAACUUUGAGUUUAUUGCUAGAUUUACUGGGUUCCAACGCGAGUCAUCUGACGUAGCCACAGGCGCUUGUUCUCUUAUGCGAGAUCCAGGUGAACGUCUAUUUCUGUUUUCAGUGUCCCUAGUUAUUAAACAAAUUCCUCUCAGUGAUAUUCAAUGCUUACUGACUGAUUGCGUAGUUGUGGUGGUCGGUCGUGUCGAUGAUUCAUGCCUUGGCUUUAACGUGGAGAGUAUGCUGAAUGGACGAAUAGCCCCGGCUGGUAUGGUUGACGGCUUUUCAGUCAGUUUAGGAGCAAGUGGAUCGUUCUUCCCAACUCAUGCUAAAUUGCCAGUCGUCGCAUAUUUCUUCCACCUUGAUGAUGACGGUACCACACCAUCGCCAUAUUUGGGUCAUGUUGAUCUCACUAAACUCUCCAACAAACGUGGCUAUCGAGUUCCAAACCAAGGCUCUAUUCAAGUAAGUUAA